CCUCCUCCCCCACUCCUCCUCCUGCACGACAUCCACCUGCAACCAGGCCCUCCCCACCAGCUGAACGGACAGAGGGACCUGAUCAACAACAACAGAGGGAACAGCAGAACCAGAGCACCGGUCCAGCAGGUGAGCCAAACCAGAUCCAGCUCUCACCUGUCAUCCCUCUCAUUCAGACCCCCCCAGCGCGUAGGCUGAUAAACAUGGCAACAAUGACUGAACCGCAGAGAAGUGACUGGUCACCUGACGCUUUGGGCCAAGCAGAACCUGAGGACCUAACCCAGACUCCUCAGUGGAACAAGUCCUACAGCCCACCAGGUACCUCACGACAGCAGCAGGCCACGCCCCCCUCUCCCCAACCACAGAGAACAGCACGACAGGAGGUAAUCUGCAUCUCCCCAUCACCCCCUCCUCCUGCCACACCCCCCUCACAACCUCGCAGACGGUCAGCAGCAGAGGAGCUGACACAGAUGGAUAAAGUAUUGGAGGAAGUGGAGGAGUAUUUUCUGAACACCCCCCCUCUAGAAGAACCAACAGGACGCCUGCUUCGCUCCUCCAUCCAGACAACGCUGACGGGCAGCCCACUUACCAAACCUGGACCCAGAGGAACAACAUCAGGACAACGCCGGGACACCCCAGCACCAUGGAUGAC